AUGGAUAUACCUCCAUCUUAUGCUUCAGUGAUUGGAAAUCUGCUGGAAUCCGCAGGAGUACCCAUUGAAACUCAAAAUAUCGACCUCAAUAGGGCUAGAUUAAUAGUACGCCAACAGGAAGAUUUAAUAGAGCUUGUCAUGGCUAUUACUUCGAUAGAAAGUACACUUAACAUUUUACAUGAUGAAAUUAGGAAGAGAGAUAGUGCAGCACAAGAAGUCAAUAGACUUCAUAGAAGAGGACAUAAUCCCUUCUUUAAUUUUAAUUCUAAUUUUCAAAAUAUCCCAAGAUCCCGAUCAUCUUCUGAAUCAGCGGUUAACUCCAAUAAUCCACAUGAGAUAUUACCUAUUGCAGAGACUCCAAAGGAACCUCCAAAGACUGGUUUCAAAGCAGCAGUUGCUAAAUGUUUUGAUCAUUCGAUUUCUUUAAAUGGAGGUGCUGAUGGACUUAAAAGUCCUAAAACAUAUUCACUGGAUGUGAGUUCAAAAAUUAUGAAGCAAGGAUCAAAUAGUACUACUACUGAACUUUCAUCAGGAGUUACUUAUUUAAUAAACUACUUAAAUACAACAACUUCAACAACUACAACUACAAAUCCAGCAAUCAAUUCAAUGUCUCAAUCAGGAGAAUUUAUUAGCUCAUUUGAUGUAGGAUUUAAAGAGUUAUAG